UUCUCCAUGAAAAAUGACUCACUACCCGAGUCCCCUUUUCUUCUUCCCCAGCCCUGUUGCCUGCUUCCCCCCUCUGUAUCUCCCUUGCCCCUUGUAAUGCGUAAGCAAAAUCACAUUUUUUUUUCUCCCAUUUCUUCCCCGUGUCAAUAUUGAUGCGUGAAGAGGACCAUUUGUUAAAAAUCAUGUCUUCCGCUUCAAGGGUUUAGAAAAGCAGCGGCGGCGAUCAGCCGAAUUGAAGGUCUUGCGGACAUUGCCAUGAACAUGGAAAUGGAGAUCCAGCCGCCCAUACCGGCUCCGUUUAACCACCAUCUCCCUCAAACCUCCUGUGACCGCCACCCCGGCGAACCAGUCAUCGGCUUCUGCGCUUCUUGCCUGCGCGAACGUCUCGCCGGCCUCGAAGCAACAGAAGUCCCUCGAAAAUCUACCUCCAACGCCUUAAAGUCCAUUUUUUUCCGUUCCUCUGGAGCUUCCUCGAACUCAUUUCACCAGCCGGAGCUCCGGCGAUGCAAGUCCUUCUCCUCCUCACGCGCCACCGCCGCCGCUGUUGAACCCCAACGCAAGUCCUGCGACGUCCGCACCCGUAACACUCUGUCAUCUCUGUUCCACCAGGAUGACAGGGAUCACGGGUGUCUUAAUCUUGGGUUUCCCCCUUCCAUUACCGUCCCCGUGGAGGAACGGAGCGAGAAUAUCGACGAAAUCGUGGCUGCUUCUGAUGAAGAGAUGGUGGAGGAAGAAAAAGAGGAACCUUUGGCGGAAAUGAAGCCCAUGAAAGACCACAUAGAUCUCGAUUCUCAGGCGAAGAAGCUCCCACCCAAAGACCUCAAAGACAUCGCCGGAAGCUUCUGGUUGGCCGCUUCCGUCUUCAGUAAAAAGCUCGGGAUUUGGAGAAGAAAGCAGAAGCUGAAGAAGAAACCGGAGAACAGAGUUGACACCAUCGGCACCCUCGGCACCGUCGGCCGGCGGUCGUGCGACAUCGAACCAAGGUUCUCUCUUGACGCUGGCCGGUUCUCCUUCGACGACCCUCGCUUCUCUUGGGAUGAACCUCGUGCUUCAUGGGAUGGGUACCUCAUCAGCGGCGGGCGAACAAUGCAUCCUCGGCUGCCGUCAAUGUUAUCCGUAGUGGAAGACGCUCCGGCGGUGGUUGUUCAGCGAUUUGACGGCGAGAUCCCGGUGGAGGAGGAUUUAGUAGUUCCAGGAGGAGCGUUGCAGACGAGGGAUUACUAUGAGGGCCGCCGUCGAAGCCUGGACCGCUCGAGUUCAACUAGAAAGCAGUCAUUUGAGACCAAUGAGAUCCUUCUGUCCUCCCAUGGAAGCAAGCAUGAAAGAGAUUCCAGAGAGCUCUUCGCCGAAAGUUUCGACUCUGGUUUGAGAGAUCAACGACCAAAGGUGCCGCCUUUGAAGAAGUCACGGCGGUGGAGCAAAGCAUGGAAUAUUUGGGCGUUUAUUCACCGGCGAAAUGUUGGUAGGAACAGGUCAAAUGAGGUGGAGAGGUCCUUCUCCGAGACAUGGCCAGAACUGCAAGCAAACAGGUAUAAUAGGAGCCUUUUCAGAAGCAACAGCAAUGUGAGCUUAAGGAGUUCAGCUUCAGUUAAUGGUGGAAUUGGAAGUAUGAGUAGGAAUGGUUUGGAUCGCAAUGGCCAUAGGAUGAAGAAGAAAAAGGAGGAAGUCGUGUUGGAGAGGAAUCGGAGUGCGAGGUAUUCGCCGAGCCAUUUCGACAAUGGAUUGCUGAGGUUUUAUUUGCCACCCAUGAAAGAUGGCCGGAGAGGGAGAGGCUGGGGGAGGAACAAGUAUAGCAGUCCUCAUUCCUUUACAGGGAGCAUGCUGAGCUUGUACUGAAGCUGAAUCUUAGCUUGUUUUGAGGUUCUUGUUUUUGUCUGGAUUGUGAUGAGAAAUAUUUUCUGGUAUUGGUUUUUCUUUCUUGAUGAACUGGGAUAAAAUGUGCAUU